ACGAAGGUCCAGCCAGCCGGCCGGCGGGCGGGCAACAUUUUAUCGCAUUGACCGGACGUGAAUCAAUGGCCGACCUAAUUAAGACCAGCCGUCGAAUGUUUGCUUCAUUAUUCCACCACGCAUCCAAACUCUAUAUAUACACACAUACAUACAUGCAUCAGCCUGAUCAAUAUUCCGACAGUUCAACACAGUCAAUUAUCGGCGACGACCCGAUCGAUCAUGUCUUUUCCGGCGAUGCAAGCAGUCGUGAUACCAUUACUUUUCAUGGUUGUUGUUAUAAUUAACUGGGGUUCAUCAGUCAACUGCGAGGUGAUGAUGGAUGUUCUGGAUCCAACCUGUGGCUUCACGGAGCUGCCGUUCAACACCUCUCUUUACCAAAUUCACAAGCCGUAUGACUUGCCGGUAGCUCAACGGUACAGCUUCGUCGACGGGAUCCAUGACCUUUGGGUGUACUCGACGGACAAGCCGCUCUACAACGGCAGCACCACCCACCCGAGAUCGGAGAUCAAGAUAGGUUAUACCUACAGUUCCGGCAUCUGGCAGUUCGAGGGGCAGGGCUACGUGCCCAAGGGCACGAACGGGGUGUGCAUAAUGCAAGUGUUCGGAGCUAGCAGACGUGCAACCAGCUUGAUGCUCAGGGUCUACAAUGGCUCCUUGACGUACUACCAAUCGGCGGCGAUCGUGCCGGAGAUCUUCGACAGGUGGUUCCGGCUGAACGUGAUCCACGACGUGGAGGCGGCGAUGUUGAAAGUGUACGUCGACGGGGUUCUGCUCCUCGUUGUUGCGGAUCAUGGAGGGAAGUCUCAUUACUUCAAGUUCGGCGUUUACGGGCAGAACGACAUGUCGUCUUGCAUGGAGUCACGCUGGAAGGGGAUUCGAGUUCUGUACAAAAAUGUGACUUCUAGGGUUUGAACAAGGCAGGGGCGGAGCUAUAUAGGGUCUAAGGGGGCCCCAGCCCCUGAGAAUUUCGAAAAUCACGAAAGAAUGUACGAGUAUUCUGAAAAUUACGAAGUAAAUACAGGUUUAAUAAUAAUGGCCACGGGUUAAAAGGUAUCUAAAGAAGCUGAUUAGUGAUUACCGUAGUGGAGUUGUAGUGGUUCUGUAUCCAACAGGUAAGGGUUUCAAUCCCCACUUAUGUUAGUUUUUCGGUUGCAGUUUUUUACAAUUUUAUAGCUUUAAUGGAAAAAUUUCCCCCGAUAAGUUUAACAACAAUGUCAAUCUAAUUAUUUGACAAAACAUGUCGUACAUUUUGAUAAUUCACACAAUUAAUUUAUUUAUAUAGUUAUAUAAUUAUUUUGAUUUUUGUCUAGUUACGAUAGUACACGAAACAUUUCCGGCCCCCCAAACCCAAAAUCCUAGCUCCACCCCUGGAACAAGGUCACUGAUUUUGUUUGCUUUGGCGGAGUAGCAAAGUUUAAGGGAUCCCAUCUGUCUAAUAAAUAGCUCGACAAAUUAUCAAAACUAAUUAAACUUACUACCUGGUGUGAAGAUAGUUUUCCUAAUCUAAUCUCGGGAAUAUAUGUUGUUUUAUUAGACCUUGUCAAAUGUAGAUGGAGUGUUUGAAGAAACAAGAUAUACUUAAAGAGAUCAAUGAUAGGAGCCAAUUCCAAGAACUAAUCUUGUUCAAGAGAUUUAAAAAAAAAAUGAAUCUAGCUUUAUCUCAAUAACUCCUUAAAAAAUUAUUGAAGUUUCUUUCGUGCCAAACAUAUAUACUUCAACCACAACCCUAUUCUUUCAUGUAAUCCGAAGUUACUAUUUAGUACUCUUCCUCACCACCACGGCACCACAUUGAUUACAAGAGACAUGAUAGUCUACUCAACUCGCAAAAUAAUAUAAAAUUACAUGUAAAUUUAUAACAAUUUUAAAAAUCUAGUUGUUGAUAAGCUUUUUAACUCCUCGGAUCAAAUUCUCUGAACGUAGUUAUUAUCUCCCGGUUUAAGAGAAGACCAACAACCCUACCAAGAAUGCAUAACCAUAUGUAAUUUCUUUGAUUUUAAGUGGGGUCAGAUCUAAGAAGUGAGAUGGGAUGAGGAAGGAGUUUGGGUUGAUUGCCCACCUUAUUUUCUUGUACCUGAUCUCCUUAGAGAGGAUUUUUUCCGAAAACUCUUAUGCUAGUUGAAUAAUAUGAAUACAGUUUUUCUUAAAAAAAAAGAUCUAAGAAGUGAGAUUAAAGGCCUUUUAUUUUUUCUAUCUUUUUAAAUUAGAUUUUAUUUUCUUUGUUUUAAAUUGGAUUUCAAAUUUUUAUUGCACAUAUUGAAUGAGUUCGUUGUGAUCUACAAAAUGAUAUAUAUUUUAAAUAUAUUUUGAGAAGAAAAAAUUCCAUAUCACUCGUCACUAGCUGGUACCACCUCUUUUUUUUAACUCGAAUUAAGAAAAACUUUGCCCAAAAGAAACGCGUUCAUUGUGAAUGAUCGAUUGAGUCUACAAAAUUUUUGGGAAACAAAAUUUCUGACCAUAUACACUUUGGUAUAGGAUGAUAACUGGUUAUAUAAGUUGAUGAAAGAUGAUAAAUGGAUAUUUAGUUUAUUCGUAUCAUCAUGUAUGCAACCAUUAAUUCUACAUACUCCUAUGUUCAUACCACUAUAAUAUACUUUUAUACCACGUGGUAUAAUCUUAUGUACUACCAAACAUUACCACACAGUAUACACUAGUAAUAAAUUAAUCCAAAAUAUGUCAAAGUAUAUGUCGUUUUGAAUAUCACAAUUAAUCUGAUUUAUGCGU